UUUAUUUUUUUAAUAUUCCCUGGUCUAAUAGUUGUUAGCUAAAACUAGCUACCGAGCAAAAAUGCCAGGGCGUUGUUCAGCUUUCAACUGUAGGAAUACGUUUAAAAAUGUUAAACAUAAAACAAACAAGGUUACAUUUCACAGGUAGGCUUUCAGCAUCUGAUUAACGUCGACAUUUGGCCAGCUAGCUAGUCAGCUUACGUUAGCUACAGUGCUUGGUUAGCUUGUGUAGCUAACUUACGAUUUCCAGUAAUACAUCGGCUAUACCUUGAUUUAGACGAAAGUGACAUAAAUGUUAGUUACCUUGUCAUAAAGAACGUGUAACUUCUAAACAAAUGAACACCCCUUAGUACCCCGGCCUAAGUGCUCGCUGUUUCAUCCCUGUCUUUUUACAUUUGCAUUUCAAACAAUAACAAAGCCUCGCCACUAAUUUUGGUAAAUAGAUGAGGGAUGGGGCUGGAGAAAUGUACUACUACUGUCAAAUUCAUAGACAUAGCUAUGAAUGCAAGGACUGACAAGAGUGACCAUCCAUGAUGUCAAAAUUAUAGUUUCAGCAAUGUUGUGAGGCUAUAAAGUGUUUGUUUACAAUUACACUCUUAUAUGUUGGGUUCUGAUGGGGUAUGACAGUUGAACUAAGCUCAUGGUGCAUUUAUAAGUUAUAUUAAUCAAGAAUCAAUGGUUAUAUAUAAUUCAUUUAAAAGUUCAAAAAUUGAUGUUACAAUCACAGAUUGCCCUGUUGUUUACAUUUGGUUCUUUUAACAUUUUUCCUAUGUUAACAGCUUUCCAAAGCGUGAUCCUAAACGAAUAAAAGAGUGGGUGGGUCAGAUGAAAUGGAAAGACUGGCAGCCAACCCCUCAUUCCUUACUGUGCUCAGAGCAUUUUGAGGAGAGGUGCAUGGAUAGAACUGGGCAGACAGUGCGUUUACGUGAUGAUGCAAUACCAACUAUCUUUGCCUUUCCUAGUCACCUACAAAAAAAGUUUCAGAAAACAGCCGGAAGGAGGAAAAGAGUAACCUUGUUUCCAGAGGAUCCUGUUCCUGAGGAGUCGACACAACGGGAGAAGUCUCCACCCACCUACUUAAACCACAGUAUAUGGCACCCAAGUCGUUUCCAUGACGACUACUGUGUUCCACAGAGUAUUGACUGGGCUGUAAAAGACAUGCCUAAAGAAAUCUCAUCUGCAACUUUAGAAAAGCAAGGUCUGAUCUUUAUCCCCAAGCACGCAAUCAAGAUCAAGGAGAAAUGGGAUUGGCUGACAAUGGAUGUGAAGGGACCAUUUCCAGAGACCAAAAGUAGACACAAGUUUGUACUAACUGUAAUGGACUACUACUCCAAAUGGAUGGAAGCCUACCCCAUGAAGACCAACAACAGUAAAGAGAUUGCCAAAAUCAUCUCUGACCUCAUCUCUCGCUUUGGCUUCCCUGUUGGAAUCCUGUCUUGUUUGACUCGAGCACACAUUUUAGAGAUCAACUUGGCUUUGGGUGAUCUGAAGAAACUGACAUGCCAACUCAUAUUCUACCGUCCUCUGGGAGUGUCACUGGAUCCAGUAACAAAGUCCCUUGUAGACCGGUUGGUGUCAGAUUUGGUGAAAGAACAUCCUGAUCGUUGGGAUAUUUACCUGGCUGCCAGUGUGUUCAGCUUCUGCUGCAAAGAGCACCCCACCACCAGACAAAUACCGCUGUCUCUGCUGCGCUGCGGAGGGACUCAGUCUGUCUCCACCUCACCAAGAAAGCUGCCUGAUAAUGGGAUAAAAGGAAGGACCUUUGUCAUACUAGAUGCCCAGCCACCUCAAAGGGAAGUCCGUGUGGAGUGCAAUCAGUGCAGUCAAUGGAGCACGGUCAGCCAGGACUCAGAGCUGAAGAGAUAUGAGGAGAUGAAACUUGGGGAUGAGGACUACACCCACACCUGUGUGAGCUGCAGGGUGGCCAUGAGCUGCAGGGUGGCCCUGGAGGUCAUGAGGGGUUAGGAGACAAGGACAUGAAGAACUGGAUGUAAAUGAGAAAGCUUUUCAAACAAGGACUGAAAAGAUGGAGGAUAUAAUAAGGACGUUGGAAACCAAGUGGUGGUGAAGGAAGAUAUUGAUGUAGGGGUGAAAAAAGGUUCCUAAGGUUCCUAGGGGAAGGAGUUUGAACAAUAGGAGUUUAUAAUGUGUAUAUACUUAUACGUUUCUCAGUCAUACACGUUUUUGGAAUGAAAUAAAAACAGAUAGUGUUGUUUUCAA